ACUGUUUUUUGUUAAUAACUCUUAAACAAAGCCGCGGAUCGCAUUUGCGCUAAGGAAAAAGUUGCUUAGAACGACCUCGGAAACCCAUCGUUUCCCGAUUUUGAGACACCCUGUAUACUUUAUAUCUAUGGCGAGGGUGAGCAACAGCAACGACGAGGACUGAGGAGGUGAACAGACGGAGGAUUGAAUUGAAAUAUUGGAUAUUCGAUUAUUUGUUGAUCAUUCCAUUUAAUAUAUGCUGCAUAUCAUGGAUAUACCUGUAAAUCAACAAAAUUUGACGCGCAUACUUGAAAGAUUAUCGGAAGAUGAGAUUAAAACAGGAAGAGCUUUGGAAAGUAUACUUUCGAGGCAAUGUCACGUAGAAGCAAAACUGCAAAAUAUAAGCAGGGUAUUACCUAAUGUUAUCGUCGUGCGAGAAGAGGGUGAAAAGUUUUACAACAUGAUCGCACGAACCAACGAGUUGGCUAAGAAUGUCAGUGCCAAGGUGAGACAGCUGGAUUUAGCAAGGAGCAGAGUUUGCGAAUGUCAAAGACGAGUAAACGAUAUCCUCGAUUUACAAUUAUGCAGCGAAGGUGUUGCUAUGGCAUUGUAUAACGAAGAUUACGAACAAGGAGCCGCGCAUGUACAUCGUUAUCUGUCGAUGGAUCAACAGUUGUUAGAAAGAACAGCCGAAGAUAUUUCGAUGGACCAUACCAACAUAAGCAGUUCUUUGAUUACUUUACAGCAAGCGGCGUUACAACUUAGAACAGUGAUUACGCAUAAGUUCGACGAGGCGGUAAAAUCGGAAGACCUUGCUUCCGUUGAAAGAUUUUUCAAAAUAUUUCCUCUAUUAGGAAUGCAUUCCGAAGGACUGAAAAAAUUUUGUAGUUACCUGUGCUCCAAGUUACAUGAAGCGGCGCAAAAAAAUUUAAAAGCAGCUUUGGAUAUUAAGAGCAACGAUAAAAGAGCCUCUGUUAUUUUUGCCGAUACUAUAACAUUGUUAUUCGAGGGAAUUGCCCGCAUUGUCGAGAUACACCAACCGAUAAUCGAAACAUAUUAUGGACCUGGGAAAUUAUUAAUGACAAUUUCCAUAUUACAGAAAGAAUGCGAUAGGCAAGUCAAAAAAAUUAUUACAGAAUUUACGAAGCACAGAUGCAUAUCUAAAAAGGUACAAAUGAUAAAUGAUCAUCUACGAAAGACAAGUUCGGAAAGAGCUGAUCCAAAAGAAUUUGAUCUGUUAUUAGGAGAAAUUACCAUAAUGCAUUCACGAGCGGAGUUAUAUAUACGUUUCUUAAGAAGAAGAGUCAAGAACGACAUCGAAAUUAGUGCGCAGGACGAUGCACAAUACAAAGAUUUAACAAAUGAAUUUGAAAACAUAAUCAGUAAUUCUGACCUAGCACGUGGAAUGCAAGAUCUUCUGGGUGCUUACCUUGCAUUGGAACGAUAUUUCCUUGAGGAAAGUGUAAAUAAAGCAUUGGGAAUGGAUACUUUGGACCAGGAUCAACAAACAUCGAGCAUGGUGGACGACGUUUUCUUCAUAGUACAAAAAUGUGUAAGACGUUCCAUGUCCAGCUGGAGUAUAGAUGGUGUAUGCGCGGUAGUUAAUAUGGCUUGUGGUAUAUUGGAAGGAGAGUUUGCGAACGGAUUAAGAAGUCGACUGCGUCAAGGUUAUCCGGCUGGAUACUUGGAUUUGGCUCAAGCGUACAACGCUCUCCAAACAAGCAUACAACACGGUCGUUUACAAACUUCGGACACAGAACUUGCUCGUCUAAUGUUUUUGGCUUACUUAAAUAAUACCGACGUUAGUAUCGAAUACGUUGAAACAUUGUGCAAGAGUCUACAUGGUGAAAUAGAUGCAACGUUUCCUAAUAUGCAAGAUAAAGAUCGUGGUAAAAUUGACAGUUGUUUGUCUGGCCUAAAAGGUGUUAUAUCGAUUUUACGAGCUGUCACAGACUAUGGAUUGGAACAGCUUCGUGUAAGUGCAGUUAAACCAAGAGUAUCUCCUUGGGUAGACGCAUUUUUAUCCGUGGAUCAUCAUGUUAACGAGGAUGAUUUAUUACGAUAUGAAACUGAAGAACCAUUUGUGCAAACUCUAGUCAUGAAUUUAGAAGGUUUACUACGAACUUUCAAAGACAGUUUAACUGCGUCAAAUUAUGAUGCUUUAAUCGGCCUUCUCACUGCCGAAGUCACAGCUCGAUUAGAAAAAGUCGUUCUAAAGUCCACAUUUAACAGAGCAGGAGGCCUCAUACUUGACAAAGAAAUAAGAUCGUUGGCAAGUUAUUUAGCUGCUGCUACAUCCUGGUCUAUACGCGAUAAGUUUGCAAGACUGACGCAAAUGGCUACUAUAUUAAGCGUUGAAAAAGUGGAGGAGUUAGCCGACUAUUGUGGUGCAGACGCGAUAGCUUGGAGAUUAACACCUGCUGAAGUUCGUCAUGUUGCAUCUUUAAGAACUGAUUUUCGUCCAGAUGAUAUAAAAAGACUAAAGCUUUAAUUCAUAAUAUGUCCAUCAUAUUCUUUAAUUGUAUGCAAUGUAUUUAUGAAUUGUUAACAAACUCGCUCAAUUAUUCUGUUUUCUCUUUUUAUCUACACAACAUCAGAAUGAACAGGACUUACGACUGUGCC